GAACAGCGCUCCCCGACACGCGGCUGCUCCGCAUUCUGCCCUGCUCGAACAGUGCGAUUACCAAGCCUGCCUGCGAAAGGGCGCCGCUCCGCGGGAGAGGCGGUAAAUGCGCUCCGGCGCCUCGGGAUUCCCCUCCGGCGACUCUCCCUGCCGCCGGCCAAUCAGGAGUCAGGGCGAAAGGAAAAGGGCACGGAGCGCGCUGUGACGUCACCCGGCCGGAGCCGGGAGCGGCGGCUGAGGGUGCGGAGGGGGAGGAGCAAAGAGAAACUGGGAGGCGGGACACCCACCUCCACGUGAUUAACGAGCACCCUUACGGGCCAAUCGGGAGAGCGGUAGGAUGAAGCGGGUCCGUUUGGCAGGUCCGUCGGCCAAUAAGAGCUCGGAGCAGGCCAACCGGCGAGGCGCCGCCGCCCAAUCGCGAUCCGGAGGGCGGGUUAGGAAGCGCUGAGGCGGCUUCGGGAUCCUGCCUGGGUUUUGUGAGGGAAGCGGGUUGAGGCGGAGAAGAAGUGGAAGGAGCGGCCGAAGCCCAUGAGGGAAGCAUUGAGUCACUGAGGAUCUGAUCAGUUGCCUUCACUCCGAGUUCUGUACUGCUCUUUUUAGUCAGCUCAUCUCAGUUCCUUGAACAGCAGGGCGAUGGCUGCCGUGGUGGAACAGGAAAGUGAAACCCAACUGUGCAGCAAUUGCAAAAAAGAAAUUCCUGCGGCAAACUUCACCAUCCAUGAGAUCCAUUGCAGUCGAAACAUAGGGGUAUGUCAUAUCUGCAAGGAGUCUUUCCCAAAAUCGGAAAUGAGGAGCCACCAGGAGCUGGAGCACACGCAGGUUGUCUGUAAGUGCAGCAUGAAGAUGGACAGUGGUCUUUUGCAGGAGCAUGUGGCUGCAGAGUGCCCCUUGCGCCCCGUGGCCUGCCAGCACUGCGAUAUUGAGCUUGCAUUCAACAAACUCCAGGACCAUGAGGACUACUGUGGCGCUCGAACUGAGCGAUGUAGCAGGUGCAGCCGCAACAUUCUGCUCAGAGAUCUGAAGGAGCACCCUGAGGACUGCAAGAGGGAGGCUGAGGAAGCAAGAGUCGGCCAAGCCCGGCCCUGCUUGAACUCCGAACCAGUUUUGCAUAGCGUUCAGACAGUCAGGAAUGUCCUCCAUCCAGACAACUCUGCACGAUCCCUGCCAAGGUUGAGCCGGUUUCCUGAAAGUAGGCUUUAUAACUGUCUCUCGGGUGACCAGCUGCCCAGUGAGCGCAACAGAAGGAACAUUGCUCUAUCGCAGCCAGAUCAGAAUCAAGUCCACCUGGAAAAGAUGACAGCCCCCUUGCCUUUUGGUGGAGAGCCAGAUUGCAACCUGGAUUACCUGCUGGCUCUUAGCUUGCAACAGGAAAACAGCUCUCAUGAGCACAGUGGCACACAGAUCCGGAGGGAUCUCUGGAAAAAUAUCUGCUCCGCCAGAGCUAAAGCAGCUGAGGACUUUGUUGACGCAAAUGACCCCGGUAUCUUCUCUGGGGGUUUGCUGGCACCUGCUAAUCAUGCUUUAAACAGGCCCAAAGCUGAAACACUGCUGCCUUGUGAGUUUUGUGAGAAGCUGUUCCCGGAGGAAGAUCUAAUCCUUCAUCAGACUGGCUGCAAUCCUGUCAGCGCUUUGGCAUCCUUCAGCAAGAGAAGCUCUUUUGUCCCUCAGGCUGAACGUCUUCAGGAUCUCUGGGAACAGCUGCAGAGCAGUCAGUCUGCUGGAAGCAGGGAAACUGUUCCUCUGCUGCAUGACUCUUCCAGCAGCCUCAUGCUCCCUUGCGAAUUCUGUGGCGUCCAGCUGGAAGAAGAGAUCCUCUUCCAUCACCAGGACCAGUGUGACCUGCGUCCAGCCACUGCCCCCUCAAUAGGAAGAGCCCCAUCACAGCAAGGGACUCUGGCUGUGGAUAACUUGGAGAGAACACGCUCGCCAGAUCUGCCUAGAAGACGGAUCCGGCAUCAAGGGGAAAUCUCACCUCAGUACCUUGAGGAGUUCAGGCCGCAGAAGUCUCCCCACCCCAUCAGAGGGAAUCCCUCCCGCAACAAUCUGGUGGCUGCCAGACACAUUCAGCAGGCCCCUCCCAACAACACAAGAGAUGACAAUCUUGGGCCUUCAGAACGAGGCAAACCCAAGGAGCUGGGUAUUGGUGGUGGUGGUCGUGAAAGAGUGCUGAGUGACCAUGCAGCUGUCCCCCUCCCCACCAGACGCUGUCCCUUCUCCGUCUCUCCUAGUGGUUAUGUGCCCAGCUUCCCUGUCACAGUUCCAGCUCGGCCCAGCCUGAGAAGAGAAGGUGUCAGGAGUCCUACUAGCCCUUCCCAUUACAACAACACCAAGGUGAAAUCGUGGCAAGCUGAAUCAGACUACCCAGACAAAGAGCAAUAGGGAAAGGGCCUUCCCAGGGCAAGUGGGUUUGCCUCUGCCUCUGUUCCCGCAUAAGGUCUGGCUGCAGUAGGGUUGGUUUCAGUGUGACA